AUGGACACCCCAACACCCCCUGUCCCACCAUGGACACCCCAACACCCCCUGUCCCACCAUGGACACCCCAACACCAACCUGUCCAACCAUGGACACCCCAACACCUCCCUGUUCCACCAUGGACACCCCAACACCCCCUGUCCCACCAUGGACACCCCAACACCCCCUGUCCCACCAUGGACACCCCAACACCCCCUGUCCCACCAUGGACACCCCAACACCUCCCUGUUCCACCAUGGACACCCCAACACCCCCUGUCCCACCAUGGACACCCCAACACCCCCUGUCCCACCAUGGAAACCCCAACACCUCCCUGUCCCACCAUGGACACCCCAACACCCCCUGUCCCACCAUGGACACCCCAACACCUCCCUGUCCCACCAUGGACACCCCAACACCCCCUGUCCCACCAUGGACACCCCAACACCCCCUGUCCCACCAUGGACACCCCAACACCCCCUGUCCCACCACGGACACCCCAACACCCCUGUCCCACCAUGGACACCCCAACACCCCCUGUCCCACCAUGGACACCCCAACACCUCCCUGUCCCACCAUGGACACCCCAACACCUCCCUGUCCCACCAUGGACACCCACCCCUGUCCCACCAUGGACACCCCAACACCCCCUGUCCCACCACGGACACCCCAACACCCCCUGUCCCACCAUGGACACCCCAACACCUCCCUGUCCCACCAUGGACACCCCAACACCCCCUGUCCCACCAUGGACACCCCAACACCUCCCUGUCCCACCAUGGACACCCCAACACCCCCCUGUCCCACCAUGGACACCCCAACACACCCCUGUCCCACUGCACCCCUCUGGGAGCAGGUCCAGGCUCUGUGUCUCCCUUCCAGGAGUCACUUUGA